AUGGCAUGUUCAGUUGCACUAUUUGUAGUUAUUAUAAUUCUUGUCAUGUGUUUCCUGGUUGGCGGACUAACUGUCAUGGCUUUUCGCAUGUGUAAAAAGCAGCAACGUAAGAAAUGUCCUCGACUGGUGGUAACGUUUCGGCAUCAACCUGGAUCCUCUUCAGUCUUAAAUUCUUCCUUUCAUCCAUCAACCAGUGGACCGCCCUACAGGGCUACCACCUUACCGCUAAGAACGACAAAGUACAAUGUUCCCCUACGUCUGUGUCCUACGUCAGGCCCUCAGUUUGAUGGUUUUUCGACCCGAACUCUCUUCGCUGAGAAAGUUUCUUCUCAUCUAGGGAUACUUAAGCAUGGCCGUAAAACUGAGUCUAAAUCUUUUGAUAUGUCGUGGGUUUAG